UCGCGCGGCGGUGUGGGGGCGGGGUCCACUUGGCUUCUUUCGGCGUUGGGCUGGGUGUUACGCGAGGGCGCGCGGACCCCACACUGGCGGCGGAGCCGGUAUGGGCCCGCCCGGCCCUGGGCUCCGAGCCGCACGAGCACCAGCCUAGAUCCAGGACUGAAGCUUCAAGAUGGCUGACCAAGACCCUGGGGCUAUCAGCCCCCUCCAGCAGAUGGUGGCCUCAGGCGCUGGGGCUGUGGUCACCUCCCUCUUCAUGACACCCCUGGACGUGGUGAAGGUUCGCCUGCAGUCUCAGCGGCCCUCCAUGGCCAGCGAGCUGACGCCUUCCUCCAGAUUGUGGAGCCUCUCCUAUACCAAAUGGAAGUGCCUCCUGUACUGCAAUGGUGUCCUGGAGCCCCUGUACCUGUGCCCAAAUGGUGCCCGCUGUGCCACCUGGUUUCAAGACCCUACCCGCUUCACUGGCACCAUGGACGCCUUCGUGAAGAUCGUGAGGCAUGAGGGCACCAGGACCCUCUGGAGCGGCCUCCCCGCCACCCUGGUGAUGACUGUGCCAGCUACCGCCAUCUACUUCACUGCCUACGACCAACUCAAGGCCUUCCUAUGUGGUCGAGCCCUGACCUCUGACCUCUACGCACCCAUGGUGGCUGGCGCUCUGGCCCGCUUGGGCACCGUGACUGUGGUCAGCCCCCUGGAGCUUAUGCGGACAAAGCUGCAGGCUCGGCAUGUGUCGUACCGGGAGCUGGGUGCCUGUGUUCGAGCUGCGGUGGCUCAGGGUGGCUGGCGCUCACUGUGGCUGGGCUGGGGCCCCACUGCCCUUCGAGAUGUGCCCUUCUCAGCCCUGUACUGGUUCAACUAUGAGCUGGUGAAGAGCUGGCUGAAUGGACUCAGGCCGAAGGACCAGACUUCUGUGGGCAUGAGCUUUGUGGCUGGUGGCAUCUCAGGGACGGUGGCUGCAGUGCUGACUCUACCGUUUGAUGUGGUGAAGACCCAACGCCAGGUCGCGCUGGGAGCGAUGGAGGCUGUGAGAGUGAAUCCCCUGCAUGUGGGCUCCACCUGGCUGCUGCUGCGAAGGAUCCGCGCCGAGUCUGGCACCAAGGGACUCUUUGCAGGCUUCCUUCCUCGGAUCAUCAAGGCUGCCCCCUCCUGCGCCAUCAUGAUCAGCACCUACGAGUUCGGCAAAAGCUUCUUCCAGAGGCUGAACCAGGACCGGCUUCUGGGCAGCUGAAAGGGGCAUGGAGGCAAGGACCCCGUCUCUCCCAUGGAUGGGGAGAGGGCAGGAGGAUACCCAGCCAAGUGCCUUUUUAUCAGCACUGAGGGAGGGGGCUUGUUUCCCUUCCCUGCCGGCGACAAGCUCCAGGGCAGGGCUGUGCCUCUGGGCGGCCCAGCCCUUCCUCAGAUGCAACUUCUUCCUGCUGCUCCAAUCGUGGGGAUCAUCACUUUCCCACCCCCCAAGUUCAAGACCAAAUCUUCCAGCUGCCCCUUUGUGUUUCCCUGUGUUUGCUGUAGCUGGGCCUGUCUCCAGAAACCGAGAAACCCUCAGCCUGGCAUAGUCUCCCUGACCCCUGUUAAUUCCUUAAGUGUAAAGAUAAUGAACUUCU